GUGUACUCCUCUCAGACAAACAGAAGUUGCACAAUUUUUUGAAAUCGAUCCCUUUUAAUCACUUUUUCCUAUUCUUCUAGCGUUUAAUUAUUUUCUAUUGAUUUUAUUUACACAAUGGGGUCAAAAAGAGUAUGCCCAGAUGCAAAUAAUUCUGUAAAGUCAAAAAAAGCAAAAACCCUGGAUUUUCUCGCUCAUCCUCGACGGAAGAUUGCAAUUCAGUUUUUCUAUUUGGGCUGGGAGCAUGAUGGGCUUGUUCAACAACCGCAUACACAAAAUACGGUGGAAAAUCAUAUCAUGCAGGCACUAAUAAAAACUCAUUUAAUUGAGGACUGGACGAAAUGUGAUUUUUCGCGUUGUGGACGGACCGAUAAAGGAGUUUCCGCAUUUAAACAAACUGCUGCAAUGGUUGUUAGAUCUCUGUGUCCCGGUGACUCAGGAGUGUUUUGGUCAGAUUCUACGCAAGAGCAUCAAAAAGUGGACUAUAAAGCUAGUGGAGAAGAGCUUCCCUAUGUAAAAAUGCUCAAUGGAGUUCUUCCGAAAACCAUCAGAGUCUUCGCCUGGGCUCCUGUCGCGCAAACGUUCAAUGCCAGAUUCGAUUGUAAUAGAAGAACAUAUAAAUAUUCUUUUGCUAAAGCUGACCUUAACUUAGAGAAAAUGCGUCAGGGCGCGGAGCUAUUGGUCGGUGAGCACGAUUUUUCGAAUUUCUGCCAAAUCGAUAUGAACGAGAAAAGACUGCUGCAGUCUUAUGUUAGAAAAGUCUAUGAAGUCAAGGUAGAACAAGUAUCGACUCAUCCAGAAAAUGAUAUGUAUUCAAUGGUGGAGCUCACUGUAUCUGGAAGUGGUUUCCUUUGGCAUAUGAUUCGAUACAUAGUCACGAUCCUUCAAGAAAUUGGAAGAGAAAAUGAACAACCAUCAUUAAUCUCACAGCUUCUUGACCUGAAAAAAUAUCCGAGCCGGCCGCAGUACACCUUAGCCUCGGACACUCCUCUAUGCUUAUUCGAUUGUGGAUAUAAAUCUGAAGAUGUUGAAUGGAAAGUUCAUGACUAUACACUGAAAAGUACAGUGACCGGACUACAAAAAACCUGGGCGACGUAUCAGGCGAGAAGUCGAAUGAUGGAAAAUAUGCUCGGAGAACUGACUGGAAUGGCUGAAUUCAGUUCAGGAGAUGCCAAUAAAGGACUUCACGAAUUUGUACAAGAUCGUCCGAUACCUUCAAAUUACAUAAGGUUUGAGAAUAGGAAAAUGUGUGAAAGCCUGGAGAGCAAGAAAGAGAAAAUGGCAGAAAAGAAGAAAAAUGGAGAAGAAUCUUCGGAUAAACUAUGAGAGUUUAAUUGUUUUUUAAGUUAUUAAUACGGUUUUGUUGUUGAUUUUUUUGUUUUUAAAAAUAUAUGUUUCUGUUUUUUGA